AUGAAAGUCAUAAAUCGUUCCGAUGGUGGAAGGUAUAGAGCCCCUAGAUUAUGGACGGUGGUGACCCGGGAUAAAGCUAACCUGCGAGCCGUCCAGGAACGGAGUUGGGCCGCUGUCGACCCGGCUGUUUCCGUUGGAUGCUGGUGGUGGGUAACGGAUGAGACGGCGUCAACAAAUAUUAACGCUACCAUGGAGCUCAGGGUCCCCUGUUGUGAUAACAGCACAGAUUUUGAGUUCAUGACUUUCCCCCGCACCUGGAUCGAUACCACCAUUGCCUCGGGGUAUAAUGUCACCAGGUAUACAUGGGCGGUCGCGUCUGGCAUGGAAGGCCGGGGGCAAGUGGAUGCGAACGCAUCGCAGGAUGUACAAAGGCCGGCAGGAAGAGACUUGCUGAGAUAUACGGCGGGCAAGGCAUGA